AUGCUUCCCAAUCCCAACGACGCGGCAGUACGCCCAGCCAACGAUGGCUCUGAUGCCACCACCAUCAAUGGCGCCGCCAAUACGCAGCGCAAUCUCUCACCUCCAGGUCCGCGCCUGAGGGCCGUCUCCCGCUCCCACACGGAUCCCGGUAUUACCCUUGGUCGGGCCACGGCUGCCACUCGGUCGCCCAUUGUCGAACGGCACGAACUCGAGACGAUACACUCCAAAGCGCCCCUCGCCUCCGCAACCAAAACCGACAGCAGCGACGAUGCCGCCAGUAGCGCCAACGCCUCGGCCCUCGCAAACAACUCCGUUGGCAAGGUGAAGCGCUCGUUUCGCGACCGGUUAGGCGACCUCCAGCUGGGCCAGCCUGCAAACAAUAAGCGGCGCCGCCAGAUGCACGGUCUGGCCUGGAAAGAAAAGGCCAAGGACCGCGUAGCCGCGAUAUAUCAGAUGAUUGUCAUCGAAGGCUUGCUGCGCCGCAAAGCGCUACCACCGUCGCGGGAUGGCCGGCACAUUCCCUUAUACCACCCAGACGCCCUGGUUGACAAGCGCAGCGGCGGGCACUACUGCAGCAAUUUCAUCCGGUCCUCACGCUACACGGUGUACGACUUUGUCCCGAAGCAGCUGUUCUUCCAGUUUAGCAAGCUGGGAAACUUUUACUUUCUCGUCAUGGGCAUCCUGCAGACUAUUCCAGGUUUGAGCACGGUGGGUCGAUGGACAACGAUUGGGCCGCUGCUGGCAUUUGUGGCUUUCAGCAUGGCCAAGGAAGGAUUGGACGAUUACCGACGAUAUAAGCUGGACAAGUCGGAGAAUAGAAGCAGCGCGAUGGUGCUGUCCCGCAAGGACGGCAGAAAACGAAAACCGGCCCACGUGAAAACAGCCAUGAGGCGGCUCAAAAAUCACGACGAAAAAGAGGAAGUAACGGUGGAAGAGGUGGUUCUUGGGGAUCUUGAGCAGACUGGUUCGAGAUCCGACUGGGUUGAGCUGGACUGGCAGCAAGUCCGGGUCGGCGAUAUUGUACGCUUGCAGCGUGAUCAGAAUGUGCCCGCGGAUAUGGUUCUGCUGCACGCUACGGGCCCCAACAGCGUGGCUUACAUUGAGACCAUGGCUCUUGACGGCGAGACUAAUCUCAAAGCCAAGCAAGCCUGCCCGCCUCUCGCCAAGCUCUGUCAGACGAUUGAUGGACUGCGCGAGACGCAGGCGACCGUCGUGUCCGAAGAUCCCAACAUCGACCUUUACAGCUACGACGGCAGAGUCAUGGUCGACGGUGACGAGCUGCCUCUCACACUCAACAAUGUUGUCUACCGGGGUUCGACGUUGCGCAACACGACCGAGGCCACUGGCCUCGUUGUCAACUCCGGCGAAGAGUGUAAGAUCCGCAUGAAUGCCCACAGAAAUGUGCGCACCAAGAAGCCUGCCAUGCAGUCCACGGUCAAUAAGAUGAUUCUCUUUCAAAUCUUCAUUGUCCUCAUGCUAGCCAUUGGCUUCACCAUCGGCUAUAACCUGUGGGAAGAAGACGUCGAGAACAGGUCCUUUUAUCUCUACGAAAACGGCGUCUACGACGCCUCUGUGUCUUUCAAGGAAAUAUUUUUCGGCUUCCUCAUCAUGUUCAAUACGCUUAUCCCGCUAUCGCUUUAUAUUAGCUUGGAGAUUGUGAAACUGGGCCAGCUAUUGUUGCUGCAUGAUGCAGACAUGUACGACCCGGUGUCCGAUACCCCUAUGGUGGCUAAUACCACGACAAUUUUGGAAAAUCUGGGUCAGAUCAGCCAUGUCUUUUCCGACAAGACGGGCACGUUGACGGAAAAUCUCAUGCGCUUCCGCAAACUCUCUGUUGCUGGUAUGUCUGUCUUGCACGACAUGGAUGUCUUGCGAGACGAAAAAGCAAAGCAAGACAAGCUGGACUCAUUCAAAGUCUCAAUCUCAAAGAAGCGUGGGAAGCAGCGUGCAAAUGUCAUGGCGUCAACGGAGCCAGUUGGACGUACAUCCACCGGAUCCUUUACUCACUGGAAGUCGUCUGUCCGGCCCAACGAUGAGCCAGACAUGAAGACGGAAGAGCUGCUCAAGUAUAUCCGUUCUAAACCCAACACUCCGUUUUCUCGCAAAGCCAAGCACUUUCUUUUGUGCAUUGCCCUUUGCCACACUUGCUUGCCCGAAUGCAAGGAUGACGGCUCCAUUACCUUUCAGGCAGCAUCCCCCGAUGAACUUGCGCUUGUUGAAGCUGCACAAGACCUCGGAUAUAUGCUUAUAGAUCGCCCGGCACAGAGCAUCCAGCUACAAACGAUUGACGGUGAGGGACACAAGACCGUGGACUCGUACCAGGUGCUUGACGUGAUUGAAUUCAGCAGUCAGCGAAAGCGCAUGUCCAUCAUCGUUCGCAUGCCCGACAAUACUAUCUGCGUAAUUUGCAAAGGCGCCGACAAUGUCAUCACCUCGCGCUUGAAACUGAGCCACCUCGCCGAGCAAAAGGCGCGUGACAUUGGCCACAGAGCCAGCAUGCGAAAAACCUUUGAAAAGAACAAGGCGCUGCAGAGAUUGAGCACGCAGAUGAGCGUUCGCUCGACCCCCAGAAAUAGUUUUACCCUGCGAAAUCGCGACUCGACGGAUGUUCGCCACGCUCUGCGACAGAGUAUGGGCCGUCGCUCUGUGGACGGUGCUCGACUGGGCGAGGGUCAUUCUUCGUGGCUCCAAAAACGACGUACCGAGGAAAUGGCGACGCCCCGACACUCUGCGGACUUGUUCAAGUCCAACCGACACAGCCUCAACCGUGUAGCUUCAUUUGAUGUUAUUGACCGCUGCGUUGAUGAGGGAGUAGCUUCGAGCGACGCCGCAAUCUUCGAAAAGUGCUUCCAACAUAUUGAUGACUUUGCCACCGAAGGCUUGCGCACUCUGCUGUAUGGCUUCCGCUACAUUGAUGAAGACACCUACAAGAAAUGGAAGGCGCAGUAUCGCAAAGCGGAAACUAGCCUAGUUGAUCGUCAACAGCGCAUUGAAGAGGCUGGUGAUGUGAUUGAGCACAAGUUUGACCUCGCUGGCGCGACUGCCAUUGAAGACAAGCUGCAGAAUGGUGUGCCAGAGACUAUUGACAAAUUGACUCGCGCCAACAUCAGGGUCUGGAUGCUUACCGGCGACAAGCGCGAGACGGCAAUCAACAUUGCGCACUCUGCGCACGUCUGCAAGCCCUACUCGGAGCUGUAUAUCCUAGACGCAAACGCUGCAGGAACCCUGGCCGAUCAGCUCACCAUGACUCUAACUGAUGUCAGCCGUGGCAUGGUACCACAUACCGUCUUGGUAGUAGAUGGCCAAACCCUCACCAAGAUUGAUGCUGACGAUGACCUCUCCAUCCUGUUUUAUGACUUGGUCGUCCGCGUCGACUCCAUCAUCUGCUGCCGCGCAUCCCCCUCGCAGAAAGCCGAACUCGUCAAGGCUAUCCGGCGCUAUGUCCCUAACAGCAUGACCCUUGCGAUCGGCGACGGUGCCAACGACAUUGGCAUGAUCCAAGCCUCACACGUCGGCAUUGGAAUAUCUGGCCGCGAAGAAGAUGCUUUUCGUGCACGGUCGCUGGAACUAUCUUCGCACCGGCAAGCUCAUUUUCAGCGCUUCACGGGCUAUACCGGCACGUCGCUCUUCCAGUCCACCAGUCUCACAUUGUUCAACACCCUCUUUUCGUCAUUGGCCGUCAUCUUGCCUGGCAUUUUCGAGCGAGACCUGCGUGCCGAGACGCUCCUAGCUGUGCCCGAGCUAUACACAUUCGGGCAGCGGAACAAGGCGUUCAACUACCGCCUGUACAUAGGAUGGAUGCUCAUGGGUGUCGCAAGCAGCUUCAUCGUCUACUACGUCACCUGGGCCGUCUACAAUGUGGCGCUUUUUACUGAGGACACGUCCCUCUACGCCAUGGGCACUAUUUGCUUUACUGUUGGCGUCGUCUUCAUCAACACUAAGCUCUUUAUACUCGAGCUGCACACCAAAACCGUCAUCACCUUUGCUGGGUACAUCAUCACGACCGGUGGCUGGUUCAUCUGGCUGCUGAUCCUGAAUAAGGUUAUCUCCCCGACUAUGAAUGUCUAUCUCGUCUACGGUACCUUUACCCGCAAUUUUGGCGCCCACCUCGAGUGGUGGACCACACUGCUCCUCGCCUUCAUCGGACCCAUCAUGCUCGAGCUCGUCGUCCAGAGCGUCCGAAGGGUGUAUUGGCCGACAGACACGGACCUUAUGCAGCGCAUGGAAAAGGACACGAACGUGCAGCAAAUGCGCGCGCUUUUCGACCAGGAUCCAGAAUCUCAUCACCAUAAAGAUGACGACGACCAUGCCAUUACCGACAAUCAGCGCGGUCGCAACGUGGCCAAAAUCAGCGGGGAGCUCGACCAUAGUCCAGGCCCUGCUCGAUUCUCGCAGUCAGACACGCCGCGAAGACCGUCGGCAGUGCGGGCUAGUCUGGAUGAGUACCGGCCACCGCAAUUCACGCCACAGGCAGAGGAGCGAGAGAACCCUCUCAGCAAGCUCCGCACAAAACUCGAGCAAAUCCGAGACGACUGA